GUCCGCUGGAGGGCGCCACCACGGACGGACUCUACUUUUAAUAAUCGACGCUUUGUUCCGGGAAGCAGCGUGUUUUCAGCGCGCUCCAUCAUCAUCAUCAUCAGGACGUUUGUCUGCAGAGAUAAUCAAAGUUUGAUUAUUGUGUGAACAUGGUGAAGCUAUCAGCGGAGCUCAUCGAGCAGGCUGCUCAGUACACCAACCCGGUGAGAGACAGAGAGCUGGACCUACGAGGUUAUAAAAUCCCAGUGCUUGAAAAUCUCGGAGCUACUCUGGACCAGUUUGACACAAUCGACUUCUCUGAUAAUGAAGUAAGAAAACUGGACGGCUUUCCUCUGCUCAGAAGACUGAAAACACUGCUAAUGAACAACAACAGGAUCUGUCGAAUAGGUGAGAAUCUGGAGCAAUCCCUGCCGAGCUUGACAGAACUGAUCCUCACAAGCAACAACAUUCAGGAGCUGGGUGACUUGGAUCCACUGGCCACGGUGAAGACACUGACCCUCCUCAGCUUGUUAAGGAAUCCAGUGACGAACAAGAAGCACUACAGGCUCUAUGUCAUCAACAAACUCCCACAGAUCCGUGUGCUUGACUUCCAGAAGGUGAAACUCAAGGAGCGGCAGGAGGCGGAGAAAAUGUUCAAGGGCAAACGAGGUGCUCAGCUUGCAAAGGAUAUUGCCAGGCGAACGAAAACAUUCACUCCUGGAGUGGCAGCACAGCUGGAGAAGAAGAAGACGGGGCCGUCCCAAGCUGACGUGGAAGCCAUCAAGAAUGCAAUCGCCAACGCUUCAUCGCUGGAUGAGGUGGAGAGGUUAAGAGGGAUGCUGCAGGCCGGACAGAUCCCAGGACGAGAUCUCAGACAAGGUCCAAAUGGGAUGGUGGAGGAGGAAGAGGAGGAGGAAGAGGAGGAAGAGGGAGCACAGAUGGAGGCACAUACGGAGGAAGGUGCUGGAGAUGAGAUCAAUGAGGAAGAUCAGGAGAGAGGGGAGGAGGACGAGGAAGAGGAUGAUGAAGAUAUGGAUGUGGAGCCACAUGUUAACGGCUCCUGAGUACCCCGAAAGCAUUUCUGUUUUUGUCUUUUUAUUUCCACGUUGUAGAUUUCUUGUUUUGGACGUACGGCGGGUUUUGUUUUGUAAAAUGACAUCCAAUAAAAUCUGAUUUCUUACA